ACUCUACACUUCUUCCUCCUCCUCUACUACGCAUUCUUCUCUCUUUGUAUCUUGUUACUCACAGUCCUUUUGUCAGUUUCUCACAAGUUCUUGACCGGUUGCCCAAACCUAUCCGUUGUACUUACUUUGAAUGUUUUAGCUUCUGGGUUUCUCGAUAGGUUCCCAUUUUGGAAGUUCUAGCUAGUAUUUUUGUUUUCUUGUGGGGAUUUUAAGCUGUUUCGGCUUCUGGGUAUUGGUUACAGUUUCAGUUUUUGUUCAUUUCAGCUUUAUUCUGGGACUAAAAUUUGAAAAGGGGUUGGUGGGGGGUGACAAUUUCAUCAUAAUCACAAUCUUGAAUCUUAUAGACCAUGUUUCCGUUGUACAACGGAUGCAUUCUAUGGAAGCUGUGCUCGGUUUUCGACAAAAAAUCUGCGGUUGAUAAAAGCUUUUAUUUUUGGAUCUUCCAGAUAUUUAAUAGGUACAGUUUAGGCACAUAGCAAGAAGUUGAAAUUUGGGUGCCCAAGUUUUCUAGCUUUGCAAUCUGUUCUGUUCGUUCCGUGGCUGUUUUUAGGGAAAUAUAUAGUCUAGACGAGGGUGUAAGAUAUGGGAGGGGCAACACUGCCACCGGGAUUUCGUUUCCACCCAACCGAUGAGGAAUUGGUGGGUUAUUACCUGAAGAGAAAAGUGGAGAGGCUUCCAAUUGAGCUCGAAGUUAUUCCAGUAGUGGAUUUGUACAAAUGCGAUCCCUGGGAGUUGCCAGAGAAAUCAUUUCUUCCUAUACGAGAUAUGGAAUGGUUCUUCUUCUGUCCCCGGGAUAGAAAGUACCCAAAUGGCACACGAACAAAUAGAGCUACCAAAUCUGGAUACUGGAAAGCCACUGGAAAAGAUAAGAAGGUUGUCUGUCAGACUAAUGUGAUGGGGUAUCGCAAGACCCUAGUUUUCUAUCGUGGACGGGCUCCUUUAGGCGAUCGAACAGACUGGGUAAUGCAUGAGUACCGCCUUUGUGAUGAUCUCUGGCAGGAAUCACCGAGUUUCCAGGGAGCUUUUGCUUUGUGCCGUGUUGUUAAGAAGAAUGAGCACACACUGAAGAUGAAUGAUCAUGGAGAGCCAAAAGCUAAGAGGGCAGGGAGCAGUUUGAGUAAUGGGGAUCACACCUCCAUGACAAUUCCAAACGUGCCCAUAAGCAUUCCCAAUGAAAUUCUCUCUCGAGCAAGUUACCCAUGCAAUGAGAGUCAGUAUUCUAGCCCUAUCACUUCUCCUUAUGAAGUUCUUCCUAUGGCAGAGUCUGAGCCUGCUUUGAUGAAGACAAGUCCCACAAAUUUCUGGGUCCCACCAGAGCUAAUUCUUGAUUCUUCUAAGGACUACCCACAAGUACAAGAAGCUGCAUCUGAAUACCCACAGUACCAGAAUCCAAGCUCGUCAACUUCUUGGCCACCAUACGAACAUGCAGAAAUCGCAUCAAGUUCAUCGUAUUCAAAUUUCAACGGGGAAGUCGAAGUUUCUGAUGAUUUGACCGGAUAUGGCUGUAUGUUUCCUUACUCUGGGCAUGCAAACUACAUGGGCCUUUUUGGAAGUGAGGAUGUAACAUGUGAAGGUUAUGACCAGAGCGGUUCACUAAUCUACCCACAUCUCUUCUGAAAAGGGAAGAAAGAUCAUAGUAGCUCCUUUUUCAAUUCAAGAUUGGAAUCUUGGGACCAAGGUCCUAUUUGUAGGCAAGCAUGUCAAGAUGGGAAUUUGGGGGAACAUCGUGGUCUAUGGUUGCAGGAGGUGCAGCAACUUGGUGCUCGUGAUAUAGGUGCCUAUUUUAGGGUGGGAUCGAUCAACUAUGAGUACCUUGCAUUUGGUAUUAUCUAGAACAGGCCUCCGAGACAACGCCUUUUAAUGUUGAUUCUUGGAAUCUAAAAUAAUGACCAUAAACCCUUUAUCUAACAAGCAUAAAAGAGCCUGCUGUACAAGAACUUCUCAUGCUGUUGUAUUGAAGUUGGUUUGAUAGCCAAGUCUGGCCUCAGUUUUUUAUUAAUGCUGUUAGUUAGUAGCUCCUGGUGAUAAUCACUAUUAUUGACUGCACCAGAUUUUGGUUUACUGGCAGUUGGCGAUAUGUUUUAUGUAUUCCAAGUGUUUGAACA